CCUCCAACUCACACACAAACACACGCAUACACACAUUUCUUACACCUCUUCAAGAAAAAAGAAUCAUCAUAACAGAAACAUAUAUACUUAUAUAAUUUUUUACAAGUCAUAACAACUUAACCAAAACUCACCAUGUGUUGCAACCAAAGUCUCAUUUCAAGAAUCCCCACAUCACCACCACCAUCACCAUCUUUUAAUAUUGCCUCAAAAACCAACUUCAAAUUUCCAUCAUCUUUCACUUCACCAAAACCCACCGGAAGUUUUAAGCCCUUCACGGUGGUGUCAGCCGUGAAAGAAGGUGGCACUACGGCCGUGAGUGAGAUAGUUAAAGAAGAUGUAUCAAGUUUUUAUGAUCUUCUUGGUAUCUCGGAAACAGUGUCUUCUAUGGAGAUUAAACAAGCCUAUAAACAACUAGCUAGAAAGUACCACCCGGAUGUUUGUCCACCGGAUCGGGUUGAGGAGUAUACUCAAAGGUUUAUUCGGGUUCAAGAAGCUUAUGAAACUUUGUCGGAUCCUAACAGGAGGGCUUUGUACGAUAAAGAUAUGGCUAUGGGGAUUCAUUUUGGGUUUAAUUCUCGUAGUCAUUUGAGUAGUGAUGAGCAAAUGGUGAAAAGUGAAUGGAGAAAUCAUUGGCAAAGUCAAUUAUCAGAGCUCCGGAAGAGAAGCAUGUAUAAAGAAUCAGGCAAAAAUGCAUCAUGGGCAGCACGAAUGCGUAAGCAGAGGAGCGAAUCUUCGUCAUGACUAUUAUUAUAUUGUGGAGAUUUUGUGUAUAUAAACCCUACUAGCUAGUCAUGUUAUUCUUCGCCAAGAUGAAUGCUUUUUAAUUCAAGGUCAUGAGGAACUACAGAAAUAUGAACUCCGUCUAAACUAGCUAGUUUAAGUUAUAGGGGAUUAUUAUGUUAUAUAUCAGUAUGAAGUAUGAACCCUGUGCUUUUACAUAGCAUUUUCGAUUUUCCGUUUUCA